GCGGACGCCCUUACACAACAGUUUGGAGACUUGCAAGGAAACCAUCGAGAACUGAAGCUUGCAGCAGCUCACAUAGACGACGCAUUAAAUGGCAGAGGAAGUUAUGGAAAAGCAAGAUCUUAUUUUAAACCCCGUCUUGCACGCAGGUGUUUUAAUAUUCUUAACAAUCCUUGGUUUCGACGAAUCAUGAUCUUCAACAGCAUUCUUCAUUCAUUUGUAAUAUUCUUUGAGCCUCCAUCAGUUCCWCUUGACAGAAUAUCUCCGCUUGUUUUUGUCCUCAAUCUGUUUUGUAUUAUACUUUAUAUUUUUGACUUGGUUAUCAACAUUAUAUUUCUUACUUGGCCAGUAUUUUGGUCGCUUAAAGCAGAAGCUCGAGCUUGGAAUGGAAUGCAGUUUGUGUUUGUUUGUAUGUUUGUUGUUGAUUAUAUCAUAUUAAUAAUCUCGGGUUUAACCCAAACGUAUAUCCCUCAAGUGUUCCGGUGUUUUAGACUAGCKGUAAUUCUAUGCAAAGCAAAGAAUAUACGACAUAUUUUGAUGGUUCUAGUCACAAUAGGUUUCAAAUUAUCAAAGGUUUUUGCAAUUAUUCUGGUAUUCGUGUGGCUUUCCUCCUGUGUUUGCUUAUAUUUGUUGAUGGAYGUCUAUCACUGUUCAAAAGCUGCUAACUCGACCAAUCAGAUGGCRAACUAUCUUGGGAGAGAGAUCACUUGUACGAUUGAUGAAAAGGAGCAAAUUUACAACGGGACAUUUGACCACGUUGGCCUUGGGAUGUUACGCUUGUUUGUUUUGUUGUCCACAGAAAACUAUCCAGAAGUGAUGUUGCCUUCGCUUAGAGUUCAACCUUGGUACUUCUUUCUAUUUGGUACAUACGUAUUUGUUGGCGUAUUCUUUCUUACUGCAAUUGUUCUUGCUAUUGUUGUGGAUAGCUACUGGGUGUUUGCAAAGAAGCACGUUAAGAAGGAACGAGCCAGAGAACGAGCAGAAUUAGCAAAAGCAUGGAAUCUAUUGGAUCCUAUAGGCCAAGGUGCUCUUUGUGUUCAAGAUGAAAAAUUCCUGGAACUCUUUCGCAUUCUCAAACCAAAGAACCUGGAUGAAGAAAAUAUGCAGUUAAUUGAGAUGUUAGACACGAAUGAAGAUGGUGAAAUUGAUUCAUUUGAAUGGACGACUAUGCUUAGUCAGGUCCUGGGAUAUGAAUUUGAAGAAGAAGAUGAGCUAACACUUGACGACUUUCCUUGUACAGUAAAGUGUUUUCACAGACUUCGUGAUUUGGUCGCUCAAGUUACCGAGACAAUUGYGUUCACUCGUCUCAUUCUUGUACUCAUUAUCCUACACUGGUAAGUGUAAAAAAACGGUCUCAUCGGUCAUAAUAAGCUCUAACAUCCAUUUGUACACCAAACCUUAUCCAACUCAAACCCAUUUAAGAGC